AAGAACCUGCGGCCCAAAACGAGACACAGCGACUUCUCUGUCCCUCCCACCAAUCGCAACUCGACAGGGCACCCGCCCUCAGGGGCAUCCCCCCCUGUGUCAGUCCUACAAAAUCCCUAAGCCCUCGGCAGCUGUUUGUACUCCCUCAAUCCCCGGCAACCUCAUCGAUGUCUUUCUUUUUCUUCACGGCCCGUUUCUGCAAUUAACAUGAACUGGGGCAUGAGUAAAGGGAGAGAGAAAAAGAAGGGGAGAAAAGGAGAGGCCACCUUAUUAUAAUUCCACUUGCACAUAAAUAGAAAGAUACCGAUUAAUCAGUACACUCCCUCCUCCUCUCUCGCUCGUUCCUCCACUUCCACUCCCUCUCUCUCCCUCUCCCUCUCCCUCUCCCUCUCCUUCUCCCUCGCUCUCUUCGAUGACACGGGGCUAGAUAAGUUUAGGGUUUCUUGAGUUCUUGCUCUCUCUCUCUCCCUGUAGAGAUUUUUUAUUGGAGCUUUUUUUUUUUUUUUUUUUUUGGUUCCUGGUGUUCUUGUCGUUGGUCAUAGCAAGAAAAGAGAGAUGGGGAGAGGGAGGGUUCAGCUGAAGAGGAUCGAGAACAAGAUCAGUAGGCAAGUGACUUUCUCGAAGCGACGGACUGGGUUGCUCAAGAAAGCCCACGAGAUCUCCGUUUUGUGCGACGCCGACGUCGCUCUCAUCGUCUUCUCCACCAAAGGGAAGCUUUUCGAGUUUUCGACUGACUCUUGCAUGGAAAGCAUUUUAGAGAGGUACGAGAGAUACACUUAUGCGGAGCGACAGCAAGUGGCCACUGAUUCCCCUCAAGUGCAGGGAAGUUGGUCGCUUGAAUAUCCCAAGCUCGUGGCUAGGAUCGAAGUCUUGCAGAGGAACAUAAGAAACUUGAGCGGAGAAGAGCUUGAUCCCUUGAGUCUGAGAGAGCUGCAGUAUUUGGAGCAGCAGCUCGAUACAGCUCUUAAGCGCAUCAGGACCAGGAAGAACCAACUCAUGCACGAGUCGAUUUCUCAGCUGCAAAAGAAGGAAAAAUCUCUACAGGAGCAGAAUAACGUGCUCUCUAAAAAGAUCAAAGAAAAUGAGAAGGUAAUGAGAGAGAGUGGACAAUGGGAGCAGCAAACCCCAGCACCGACCACAUCCUCCUUCAUGCUACAACCCACUUUGCCUCUUCCUUCCCUCACCAUUGGCAACACGUUCCAGACACCGCAUGUACUUGGAGGAGCAGAACAAGAGGAGAGAUCUCAAGCCCGACCAGCCAACACGCUCAUGCCGCCUUGGAUGAUACGCCGUUCAAAUGAAUAGAGAGAUAGAGACCAACAACAUUCUCCUCCACAUCAGCUUUUGAUUACGGCCAAAAGCCAUUUUCACUUCACUGUAAGGUUAUGUUACGGCGCGAGUCCUUAACUCAGCUGCUUCCUAUCUAUGACCCUCUAUAAUCGGUGUAAAGUUAUUGAUGUCCGAACUACUCCAUCAUAAGAAAGUAAUUGGGUAUCCAAUCCCUCUUGAUGUUGUCCA